AUGGAGGAGAUCAGCAAGUCGAUCGACGCCUACCUCGAGGACGAGCUCGUCACAAUCGCACUCGACAACUGUUCACGUACCUUUACCAUCUCGAAAGCACUGCUGUGCGGCGCAUCGGACUAUUUUGUCAAAGCACUUAACGGCAGGUUCAAGGAGGCAGCGGAUCAUAUCUUGCGCCUGCCAGGCUGCGAUGAGGCAACGCUCCGGUGCUUCGUAUACUACCUCACUCACGACAAGGAACUUCCCGACCUCGAAGCGAGGUGA